AUGAAAAAAGUAUUUAGAUUUGAUGAAUCUAGCAAUUUAAAAAAUGCUAUUUUUGUGAACACCAUUGAAAAUCAAAAGUCUGUUCUUUUGAAAACCAUCAAUCAAGAAUUUUAAGCAAAUAUCUUUGAAAAUAUACCCAGAACUUCUACUUUUUCAAAGCAUUUGAAAUAAUAAUUGAACCAAGAUACAUAAUAGCUAAAGAAAGGUGACAAUCAAUAAUAAAUAUAAAUUAAAAAAAUGAGAGGAGAGAUCAAAUUACCGAAAUUUGAUGGAGAAGUCAAAUGGCCAUUUUUUAGAGUAUCAACAGAUGCAUCUAUCAAACAUUUUUGGAACAGAAAAACUCAACAAGACAAUAAAAAGAAAUGGCAACAUGAUAAUUAUGCAUUCUAAAACAUAAUGCUUCGAAUAGGAAGGAAGAAAAAGAACGCCAAAGGCUAUUAUUUUAAAUUAACUUAUUCAGGAAUGCUAAUGUAUUUUAAAAAAGAAUCUGAUAAUUAUCCUAAGGGUUAUUUAGAAUUAAGUUACAAAAACAGAGCAAUUCUUUCCUUUUAAAAAACCAAAAAGAAUAUUUAAAUUCCACUUAUCUAUAUAGAACGAGCAGAGGGAAUUGGCAUUACAAUAUUUGACCAUCAAAAUGAAUUAACAUUAUAAUUUUUUGAAGCACUCCAAGAUUUCUGUUUAAUGAAAGGGUAUGAACAUAUCUAUUCAGAAAUUGAGACUCUUGGAAGUGGAGCUUUUGCAACGGUGUAUAAGGUGUAAAGGAAAAGAGAUGAUGCAACAUUUGCAGCAAAAACAAUAACUAAAAAGAUGUUUGAAGAGAAUAAGCAUUAAGAGAAGUUUAUAUAAAUGGUCUACAAUGAAGUAAUUGCAUUGAAAUCAUUUGAUCAUGUUGGAAUUGAAAAGAUUUAUGAAGUCUACUAAGAAAAGGAAAAACUAGUGAUAAUAAUUGAAUAUUGUGAUGGAGGCACACUUUAUCAGUAUUUUAAAUAAAAAGGGAGGUUGGUUGAGAAAAAUAUCGCAUGCAUAUUAAAAGGAAUUGGAGAUGCCCUUUUUGAAUUACAUUAAAAUGGAUUUGUUCAUAGAGAUAUUAAAUUAGAAAACAUAAUGAUAGAAUCUAAAGACACACUCUAAAUGAAAUUAGUGGAUUUUGGAUUUGCUGAACAAAUUAAUGAGGAGUAAUUGUUAAGCAAAGCUGGAACUCCAGGUUUUCUGCCUCCAGAAAUCUUUAAAGGAUAGCCAUACACUUAAAAAGGAGAUGUGUUUAGUCUAGGUGUUGUACUAUACAUUUUAGCAGCUGGAUAUCCUCCAUUUAGAGGAAAGCCAAGCCAAAUAUAGGUUUUGAAUUAAAAAUGUUAAAUCAAUUUCGAAAAGCAUCCUUGGCCUGAAUUGUCGUAAGAUCUGAAGUAGUUGAUUAAGAAAAUGUUGGAAUCUAAAGUAGAGGAGAGAUUACUCAUAGGUGAAGUAUUGGAUUCAGCCUUUGUUACCCAUCAUAUUAAGAAUACAUCAGAAACUAAUUAUAAAUCUUAUUAGAUGUUAUCUGGUUUGGAUAUUGAAAAACAUAAUAAGAAGACCAGUAUAAAGAAUUCUGAAUCUGGAGGGUCAAAACAAAGCAAGGAAUUUCAAUUAGACUUUUCAGUCCAUACCAAUGAUAUUAAAUCAUUGUAUUAAAAGAAUUCAAUUAAGACUUUAAAGACUGUGUAAUCCCAACGAUCAAGAAGACAGUCUGUGAAAUAAACAUAAAACUUGAAGUAAUCAAUGUCUGCUCCUCGAAAAUCAGAUAUUGAUAAAUAUUAAGAGAAGAGAAAAUAGAGUCACCCUGAUAGAUCAAGUUAUCAAAGAGAUUCAGAAAUUUUGAAUAGCUCUUUUGGUGAAAUCAUGAAACAAAAUGAAAAAAGUAAAAUGAGAUAAUCAAUCAUGACUACAUUUAUAGAUUUUCAAGCCCUUUCAUUUGACCAAAAAUAUUUCAUAAGAAAAUCAGGAAAUAUAUUCAAUAAAACUAAAAUCCCAAGCCUAUGA